AUGUGUCGGUUAGGAUCACUUAUUUUUUUGGUGUUUCUUCACCUUUGCAAUUCACAACAAGUUCCGCCAUCUCCAUAUGGACAGUCAAGUGAUAUUUGUCCGCAAAAGGAUAAUUAUCCAUAUAGUGUUAAUGGAUUUCCAGGAACGCCAUAUAUCUUGAAACCAUUUCAAACUGAUUUUGUAAAUCCGCCAAUUCUCAAUCCGUUAUCUAAACAAUGUCGUUCAGAUCAACAUUGUAUAUUUUCUUAUAUAAUUAAUGUUACUGAUACUACAGCAAGACCUUUUGAUCAAAGUGUGCCUGCAUGUGCAAAUAAAGCAGCAACAAAAUUUUUAACUUAUAACAGCCAAAUACCAGGACCAACAAUUCUUGUUCCUUCAGGACAGGAAUCUAUUGUAAGAUUCAACAAUAAAAUAGGUAACUUAUUUCCAGGAACUUUUAGUCCCUGUAUUGGGAAUAGAACAGGGAGACCAUUCAGUGUUCAUCUACAUGGUUCAGCAAGUCUUCCACCAUAUGAUGGAUGGGCCGAAGAUGAAACUUGCUAUGGUGAAACAAAAGAAUAUGUCUAUCCAAAUAAUCGUCCAACAACUGGUUGGUAUCAUGAUCAUGCAGUUCAUAUCACAGCUAAAAAUGCUUAUCUUGGUCUUGCUGGUUUUUAUUUAACAACUUCAAAACGAAAAUAUGGUGGAUGUAGUGAACCAUGGAAUUUGGAAGAUAUUGAAGAAAAACAUAUUAUUAUACAAGAUAAAGUACUCGAUUCUGCCUGUCAAUUAUUUAUUGAUACAUUGAGCGCACAUCAAAUAAAUCUAUAUGGUGAUAUUAAUCUGAUGUCUGGAAAACCAUUUCCUGUAAUGUCUCUUCAACCAAAAUGGUAUCGUUUUAGAUUUCUCAAUGCUGCAGUAUCACGCCCAUAUUUGUUAAAAAUAAAAAAUAGUACACUUCAAGAUGUUUCACAAAAAAUAUGCAAAAUUAUUGCAACUGAUGGAGGAUAUAGAGAUACACCUGUAACAUUUCCUACAACAGGUUUAUUAAUCGGUGUUGCUGAACGAUAUGAUGUUGUAUGUGAUUUUACAAUGUUAAAAAGUCAAACUCUAUAUUUGUGGAACGAGAAAGAUGAUACUUUCAUGAAAGAUGUACCAUUCUUUUGUUAUAGUCAUUUACUUGGAAAACUUCAAAUAUCUGCAACAACUAAUGGUACACCAGCAACAUUUCAAGAAAACAUUCCAAAUACAACACCAGAGGAUCCAAUAAAACGAGUCUUAAAUAGUACACAUAUUGGCACAGCAAUUCAAAUGGCAAAUAAUGGUCAAUAUCAUAGAAGAAUGGUUUUUGGUAGAAGUAAUGGACACUGGGUAAUUAAUGGUGAAACUUGGGAUACGUUCAGAAUUGCUGCUGCAGAUAUUGGACAUAAUACAUGGGAACUUUGGUUAUUUGAAACUGGUGGUGGAUGGUUUCAUCCUGUACAUAUGCAUCUUGUUGAUUUUUAUAUUAUUAAACGUGACGGUGACACUGGAUUACGAAGUUAUGAAAAUUUAUCACCAAAAGAUGUUAUGUUUUUGGGUGAAGGAAAUAAGCUUUAUGUAAUAGCUAGAUUUGGUGCUCAUAAAGGUGAUUAUAUGUUUCAUUGUCAUAAUCUUAUUCAUGAAGAUGAUGACAUGAUGAGAGCAAUGCGUAUUAUUGAUAGUCAAAAUGGACUCACUGCUUCAACAGCAGAACCAUUUAUUAUUAAUGGUUUUGCAAAUAUUAUUUAUAGCAAUUGGAAAUAUAGUGAUCCAAUGUUGACUGAAACUGCUGCAAAACCGACAAACAAAAUGCCAUUACUUAACUCAACUUAUAUGCAAAAUAUGUUGAAUAUUAAUGUUUAUAGAAUUUUCUAUCCCGUUCCUUCUGAUGCUAAUUUAAAUGGUUUCACAAAUCCUUGGAAAUCUGCUUGGUGUGCAACAUAA